UUGCGCGUUUCGGGAGCCUCUCGCAGUCGCUGAGAAGGAAAGUUUUAAAAUGGCGCACCGAUCCAAAUCUGGAGUGAAGGGGGCAAGGCUGCUGAAGGCCGGCCACCUCCCGGCAGGUAGGCCGGGCGCAGGGGCGCCUCUUGGCGACGUUCCGGGCGGCUUUGUUUGUCUGCGUCCUCCGGGCUGUGUGAAGGCUGGGGGUAAACGGGUGACCAAGAAAACCUUGGAAGAGAAUUCUGCCCAUGGGAGUUCAGAAAAGGAGACCAAGAGACCGGACAAAACUAGGUCCUUCAUCAUCUCCAACAGGAUGCAGUCAGUUAGCAUCCUCCUUGCAGGAACGCUUGACAAGCUGAGCCAUGACUUUCCUGAGACCCCAGUGAGUGUGAGACACAGCAAAGUGCUGCCCGCAGUGGAGAAACCUCACCUGCCCCGAACCUUCCUCAUCCAACAACCAAGGAAGUGAUGAGCUGGCAUCUGUUGAAGUUGAACCUCGAGGGGACCAUUGCUGGCUCAACUGUGACAGACAAGCAGGAAGUGUUGAAUGCAUGAGGAGACCGACAAGUUUUCAGCCAAGAGUCAAUGUUUAACAAGAGUCAAUGUUUAACAAUUUGAUUUAAAAAGAAAAAGAGUAGAACUUCUUAUUUCUAGAGAUCUAUGAACUUGCUAUAUUGCAAAACGUUUCUUAAGGGGGGGGGAUGCACUUAUCUUUUUUGAACCUCUGUACUAUAAACCAGCAUUUAAUGUGCCUUCAGUAGUUGGCGCCAGGAACCUCUGCACUUGUAAAUGUUUCUAAAUGGGCAUUCUGUCUGUUGUUUAAGAAAAGACGAGGCUUGUAAUGUGUACCCUUCCUUUUUACUGGAAUCUUUUUCACAAUGAACUGCAUAACACUUGUUUAUAGAUUGAAGUAAAAGGAAAUUGCGUGGCA